AUGGCGAAACUUCCGGCUAUGCUUUCUUUGAGGCACUUAUUGAUUUUAUCGCUGGCUGUGAAUGUUAGUUUGAUUUUGAAAAUGGUGUAUGAAGGUGAACGAGAAGGAAGCAACAAGAACAUGGAAGGGUAUAAUCGGAUUAUUCAAAAAUCACGUUUGGUUAUACCUUCAACUUCUUUUGCUAAUUCUACUCGUAAAGAUCGUUCUGGAGGCAUGGAUAAAGUAAUCAACCUUGAUCAAGGCGAUCCAACCAUGUAUGAGCGGUAUUGGCGACAAAUGGGAGACAGGACCACAAUAAUAAUUCCAGGAUGGCAAUCUAUAAGUUACUUCUCCGAUCCAUCAAGCAUGUGCUGGUUUCUUGAGCCGGAAUUCGCAAAGGAAGUAGUGAGAUUACAUAACGUAGUUGGAAAUGCUGUAACAGAAGGUCGCCACAUUGUUGUUGGAACAGGUUCCUCUCAGUUAAUUCUUGCUGCUCUUUAUGCUCUCUCUAACCCUGAUGCUGCUCAACCCAUCAGCGUUGUUUCUGCCGUACCUUAUUACUCGUCGUAUCCAUCAAUGGCAGAUUACCAGAAAUCGGGUCUUUACAAAUGGGCUGGUGAUGCAUAUACUUUUGACAAAGAUGGUCCUUACAUUGAGAUGGUUACUUCUCCUAAUAACCCGGAUGGAUAUACAAGACAAUCAGUAGUGAACCGAAAUCAAGGACUAUUGGUUCACGACCUUGCCUAUUAUUGGCCUCAGUACACUCCAAUAUCAUUUGCUUCAGAUUAUGAUCUUACUCUUUUCACUGUCUCUAAAAGCACGGGUCACGCUGGAAUGCGCAUAGGGUGGGCUCUUGUGAAAGACCGCGAGGUAGCAAAGAAAAUGACUAAAUUCAUCGAACUAAAUACAAUUGGCGUCUCCAAAGAUUCUCAACUCAGAGCUGCCAAGAUUUUAAAAACAGUGUCUGACAGUUGCAAAGAAGAAAAUUCAGAAUCGUUUUUCAAAUACAGCUACAAGAUGAUGGAGCAAAGAUGGAAACUACUUAGAGCAGCUGUUGAUAGUGGCGAUCGAUUCAGUUUGCCAGACUUUUCUUCUGGAUUCUGCAACUUUCUCAACCAGGAGUCCAAGACUCAACCAGCUUUUGUUUGGCUGAAGUGUGAAGGAGAUAUAGAAGACUGCGAAAGUUUCCUUCGCGGACACAAGAUUUUGACUAGAAGCGGUAAACAAUUUGGGGCUAGCCCGAAAUAUGCAAGAAUUAGCAUGCUGGAUACAGAUGAUAAUUUCAUGCAGUUCAUAGAUAGGCUAUCUAUCAUACAGAACUGA